AUGGCCGCUGUUGUUUUCUCCCCCAGAGCUUGGCUGACCAGGGCUCCAUACGAGCCGUUUCUUAAAGCUUUGGCAACGGCUGGCUUCCUCGUCCACUAUGCCGAUUAUUCCUCUCUUGGCCCAGUGCAUUCAUUCAUUGCAGACUACAUAGCUGAGGCAGAUUUGAUUGAGGGAAAAUCGGUCUUGCCUUCAUCGGUGCCUUUAUUGCGUCAGAGGGUUCUAGUCGUGCAGGCUUACAGGGAAGGAAUUCACCUCUUGGGAUCUGCUCGACAAGGAAUGACUGCGAUCUCAAGAUUAGAAUUUUCCAUUGCGCCAUUUAAAGACUUGAAUCUUCCAAGUGACCUAAUUGCUACUAUUGCUGCUGAUAUUGACGGACCCUAUGUGUCCAGUCUUGAAAAGAACAUCAAGCUGCAUUCUUCGCUAGCUUUCUACUCACCUCAGCCACAUCCUGCAUGGAUAGAUUCUGGAUAUCAGGGACGACUGGUCUUUAUUGUCACGACUGAAGAUCAAGUUAUUUCCAAGGAGACACAGUAUGCGAUGACAACAAUGACUGGGCUGACCGGUGGAUAG